CGGGAUGAUUCUCUGAGAAUCAGUGCGCAGUGGAGCGACAGGACUGCAGUUUGAGGUGGCUUUCUGGCAGGUAUGUCCCUAUCGUCUACACAGAGCCAGGACACGACCAGCCGGAGGAGGAGGCCGGCUGAAAACACAGAAGAUCCACCAUGGGAGCCUGAUCCCCAGGCAGGUUACGGACAUGAACAGAUCCAUGACCAACUGUGUGGAGGUCAACAGUUUAAUUCCACAGACAGCUGCGCUCCAUCUACACAUCACUCUGUGUGUCCUGCACUGUGCACGACAACAUGCAUGUCUGCACACACAUGUGUGAGCCAUAUCGCUUGUGAUAACAGCUGGGAGGAGAUUCAAAACAAGAGAACCAUCAGAGCAGAGAACGAAGUGGAAGCCAACAAAGUGGUGAACAACUACAGGUUUGGUUUUAGAAAGUGGAAGAGCCACGUGACAGAGCGUCCGUUCGAAGACAGGUCAGAGGUCGUGAAAGAGCUCUACUCUGAACUGAACCUCAUUAAACCGCAUUCAGGUCCAGGUCAUUUCAUCACAUGUGGAAAUGUGGUAUAUGUGCUUCUCUUUGGUUGGUGGGUCUCUCUGACGUACUUCCUGGUCGGCAUGCUUAUGUUCAUCACCAUCACUGGUGUACCGUAUGGAAAACUUUGCUGGAAGUUGUCCUACUACUUCUUAUGGCCAUUCGGCAAGUCAAUCCACAAGAUUGGAAACACACUGAGGAGAUGCUGUGAUCAAGCACCAGAUUGUGAGUGCGACACAGAUAGGGUGGAGGAUGACUCUCCAGUUCUGCUGCCUUCACCCACAGAGGUGCUAGGACAACCUGUGCGCACUUCCUACUGGUGUUGUUUCUCUACCUAUGUGUGGCUGCUGCUGGGAUAUCCACCUCUGGUGCUCAUCCACUCCCUGGCCUGCUUCUUCUCCUGGAUCCUCAUUUUCACCAUCCCUGUUUCCAAAAUGAACGCACGGACUCUGGGCGUCAUUCUUCUCUUGCCUCCUGAGGACGUUUUUGUUUCCACCUGCUCAGAGCGGAAGUCCUCUGAGACCAGAGCGCUGCUGUGCUGCUACCAUGCUGCAAACUGGUACUACUACAAAUACACAGUUGAUGGGAUCAAUGUGUUCGCUGUCAACCUCCUCCCUCUGGUAAUAGUUGCCAUUGUAAUUGGAUAUAUUGACAGAGACAACCGAUACACAAGCUCUGAUGUCAAGUUUGCCAUAGCAAUCUCCUCCAUCAUACCUCUGUCUUAUUAUAUCGGCAUGGGCAUUGCCAGUAUCUCAGCCCAGAGUAACUUCGCUGUGGGUGCGGUGGUGAACGCCACCUUCGGCUCCAUCACAGAGUUGACCUUUUACAUUACAGCCCUGCUCAGAGGACACCAGGCAGCUAACCCGUGUCUGCAGGAGGUUGUUAAAACAGCACUGACUGGCACGUUGCUGGGAUGCAUCCUCUUUAUUCCUGGCAUCUGCAUGAUAAUUGGAGGGCUGAAACACAGUGAGCAAAGAUUCAAUAGUCGCUCUGCUGGAGUGAGCGCUGCACUGCUUUUCAUCUCUGUAGGAGGUGUGUUUGCCCCCACAUUGUUCUCCAAGGCUUAUGGAAACCUGGUGUGUGACACCUGUACCAGCUCCACUGGAGGAAACAGCACGAGCAGCAGCAGUGAACGGUUCAUCUGCCACAACUGUCACUACGAUCUGAACAACAGUACACUGUUCAACAGCCAUGUUGAGCCACUGGUGUACACAGUGUCUGUCCUCCUACCACUUGCCUACAUCACUGGGCUGAUAUUCACACUGAAGACUCACUCCUACAUUUACAACAUCCAUGUUGGAGGACCUGUGACGGCUCACCAUGGAGCAGUGGUCCACUGGUCGCGGUGGAGGUCUCUGCUCAUCCUCAUUAUGGCCACUGUCCUCAUGUCUGCCUGUGCCGAUCUGGCCACUGAGCACAUCCAGCCCAUAUUAAACCAACCAAACAUCUCUCAGUACUUCAUUGCGGUGACAGUUGUUGCUAUGGUUCCUGAGAUCCCAGAAAUUGUUAAUGGGAUCCAGUUUGCACUCCAGAACAAUAUCAGUCUUAGCUUAGAGGUGGGAAGUUGCAUCGCCGUGCAGGUUUGCAUGCUACAGAUUCCAAUACUGGUCUUAUUCAGUGUCUUCUAUGAUGUGGGAUUUGUGCUGUUAUUCAAUGACAUGCACCUUUGCGCCAGCAUCUUCAGUGUGAUUCUAGUCAACUACAUCUUUAUGGACGGCAAAUCGGAUUACUUUCAAGGUACAGCUCUGGUGGUUGUCUACCUUAUCCUGUUAGCUCUUUAUUACUUCGCUCCAUCUCCAGCAGGAUGUUGAGUGAGGAUCUGUGAUUUUCAGCUCAUGUUUUUAAGCCAGGAAGACACCAACGGGAUUAUGACGAAUUGAUCACGACAGGAUCCUGAAGUGGGCCUUUUCUUAAGUAUUUUGGUAACGCAUUAAGUCCCCUAUUAAGAAUUUAUAAGCAGUAUAUUAACACUUAAUAAAUGUUUAUAAGACACCGAUGUAGUUGUAGAUUUAUGUAAUGGUCAAAAAGCAGAUCGCUGACUACAGGCUGCCAUAAAUGUAUGCUGGUGUAAACAAAUUAAUGACUAUAUAGUAAAACUUAAAAAAAAAAA